AUGUCCAUCUCACAACAUCCGCAAGAGGGAUGGUUCGAAAAUUCCCCAACUCCCAACUCUCCAAACGAGACGCAACGUGCCCGCCAACGGAUACCUAACCCCCCUACACCGUCAAUCCGCGCACAUACGAAAUCCCCCACAGCCGUCCAAACCCCGAUCAAUCCGGCCUCCGAAUCCGCCCUCCCAGCCUUUGCCACCCUCCACGUCGAGAAUGGAUACUUCGAGCGUGUCAAAGGGAGGGCGGGGGAAUCUCAUCGUCCGCGCUCGCUCAACCGGCGAUCCAAGAAAGCAAGAGAGAGACCAGGCUCCCAAGCAGCCGACUUCGCGUCUCUGGAUACUCAGUUGUGGAACGACGCGGUGGGCAAAGACAUCCGGACCGCUCAGGCCACAGUUAACGAGACGCGAGGGGACGAACGCUCCAACCCGACACGCAUGUAUGUAAAGCAGAGGAAGGACAUUGCCGACGACCAUCCGGCCCAGUCCGGAAUUGCCGUGAGAUGA